AUGUGCCAUUUAUAUUUGACAAAUGAUGAUGAUAUAUAUAAUAAUCCAAAUAUUCAUUCAGAAGAACAAGAUGAAUUGGAACUUCCUGAAAAGGAGAAACACUAUCCUAAUAUUGAUGAUAAUGAUGAAAUAUAUAAUAAUCCAAAUAUUCAUUCAGAAGAACAAGAUGAAUUGGAACUUCCUGAGAACGUCCAAAGUAAUUAUAAAAUCGAAACAAUGCAAAACCAAGAAGAAAAACAUUAUACUAAUGUUGAAGCAGAUGAUGACAUAUAUAAUAAUCCAAAUAUUCAUUCAGAAGAACAAAAUGAAUUGGAACUUCCUGAAAUAGUUAUAAAAUUGAAACAACAAGAAGAGAAACACUAUCCUAAAGUUGAAGAUGAUGACGAUAUAUAUAAUAAUCCAAAUAUUCACUCAGAAGAACAAAACGUCCAAAUUAAUUAUAAAAUUGAAACAAUACAAAAACAAAUUAAAGUUGAUGACGAAUCGAAACUUCCUAAAUGUAAGAAUGGCAAGAAACAUGUCUUAAGACAACUUUGGUGUUUUAAAACAUGUUUUGCAUGUUUUGAAAGAUGUUUUAAACCGUUCAGUAAAUAAUAUUGUAUUGCAAAUGAAUUAUAUAAAUUAAGCACUAUUACAUCUAAAAUUUC